UCGGUCUUCAGGCCCAUCCCCCUCAUUAAUGCCUUGCCUUUUAAGCACUCUUUCCUUGCAAACUUUAUACACUUCUAUAUGCCUCAUAUCUCUCUCUCUCUGUCUGUCCAUCGGCUAACGAUCCCUCUCCCCUGUCUUCUCCAUCUCCGUCUCCUCUGCCUCUCCCAAGCACAGGAGAGGAGAGCAUGCCUGGAUGUCCACAGAGAGCUCUGCCCGUUGGACUUCCACCAGCAGGGAGAGAGUCGAUGAGAUCGGGAAGAAGAUCAAGCGAGAGCCGGAUACAGCCGCCCUCGCCGUCGCUGUCGCCUCCGCCUCCACUGUACCGGCCGACAACCACAUCCCACACCGCCUCGGCCUCGGCCUCGGCGGUGUCCUCAACACCUUGACACCGUGCGCCGCGUGCAAGCUCCUCCGCCGCCGCUGCGCGCAGGAGUGCCCCUUCGCCCCCUACUUCUCGCCGCACGAACCCCACAAGUUCGCCGCCGUCCACAAGGUCUUCGGCGCCAGCAACGUCUCCAAGUUGCUCUUGGAGGUGGCGGAAGGGGAGAGGGCGGACGCAGCGAGCAGCCUGGUGUACGAGGCGAACCUCCGGCUGCGGGAUCCGGUGUACGGCUGCAUGGGCGCCAUCUCCAUGCUGCAGCAACAGGUGAACGCGUUGGAGGCCGAGCUGGAGGCGGUGAGGGCCGAGAUCCUCAAGCACAGGUACCGGCAGGCCGGCGGCGGCAACCGUCUCAUUGACGACGACGCGCAUGCUACGGCCAGCUUUGUGGCUCCUGCGUCGGCUCCGGUGCACGUUAAUGACGUGGUAUCGGUGGUGGAGGCAGGCCAGGAGGUUGCAGCCACCGGCGGCGGCGCGUCGGGGAUGUCGACGUCGUCGGCGGUGUACGUUGCGGAAGCCGAGCAGCCGGCGAGUACUAAUCACUAUAGCUCCCGUAACCCAAGUGAGCAUCCUGCAUACUUUGGUUGACAUGCAUGUAUUUAACAUUUUGGUGGUGGUGGUGGGACGAUCAAAACUAGAAAGGUUGGGUGAAUAAACUGUGUGCAAGUUUAAUUAUAUAUACUACAAGUUUUCUAGAAAAUAGGUUUGUAGAUGUGGAUAUAUAUAUUGGGUGGCUAAAAGGUUCAUCUAAUAUUUUGGAAUGUAUGUACCAUUUGUUUUCUUGUAAUUGCCCAUUGCGAUAUUGUUGGUUGAUUAAAUUAGUUCGACCAAGCAAGCGCGUCUUGAUCCCUAUAUAUAAAUAGUAAACCAUUUGCAGGGGUUUGGCACUCAAAGUUUUAUGCAAAUCCCAUAGCAGAAAACACCAAACGUGUGUAGCUCAAACACGCUGUUUCAGUGGAUUAUGAGCUCACGCAUAGGCAAUGAUAUUCCUUAAUUAAUUUGCUUGCACUGAACAAAUGAUUUUUUUUUGUCGACGUCCAAAUGAAUUUCCAUCGAGGUUGAAAAAUGAUAAAUUGACCUUUUCAGCAUUUAGUUUUCAGGUACUAUCUAUAAGGAUUUUGUUCUUCCUUGGACCCUUAUUUCUUCUGCCUUCAGUUUUUUAACAACUGAUGUGUAUUUGUCUGGUUGGAUGAUGGUGUCAUUGUCCAACUUUCUGUUUUGGGCAUUUCAUUGAGUUAGUUUUAAAGUUUUUCUGGAAGUCUAGAACUGUAUGCUUGUCGGAGUCUACAGAACUUAUGACUGAAACAACACAAAGAUGUAUAUAUAUAGCACAGUAUUUGUUUUCAUUCCACAUCAAAAUUUAGAAUGGCAGUCAUCUACAGCACACUAGCCAAAAUGCCAUCUCCAUAUGCUAUAGUUCGGCAUUAUUAUAUUGCUACGUUUUCAGUAGGUGUUAUAUAAAUAAUAUAUGAUUGACACAUUUAAUUUUAUUUCUGGACGAGAAUUUGAGCAUAUGAAAGUUAUCCGGCCUGUAUCACUAGAUUGAUCAAUGAAUUUUAUUAUAUUGGCCGCCACAUAUAUAUUCUAUAUAUCUUUUAUGUUUGAAUUGUCUAUUUUGGAUUGUUUUAUAUAACGUCGCCUAUUCUGAUGAAGUCUAAGUGGUGCAGAUCGAAAAAGGAUCAGAUUCUAUAUGUAGGAUCACGUGGUUUUCUUUCUACACACUCGUAGUACUGUACUAGUUAUGUACGUAUGCCAUAGUAUUACCCCACAAAAGCAAGUAGUCAUAUACCAAAUGUAGUACUACCAUAUGCUUGUUUCUUAAUUAAGCUUUGUUUUUUUACAAUGUAUUUAUACCUUUGUACGUAGUGACAUGCACCAUUACUUUCUUCACUGAGUUAUGUGUUUUAAACAAUUAUUUUGAUACUAGUUCCUGUGCCUUGCAAGAGUACGUGAAAAAACACAAGAUAAUAUGUACACUUGUCAAUAUAAUCACAAGUUCACAACUAAUGUUUGCAUGAGUUACAGGUUAUUUUAAGGUUAUAUGCUGCUCUGAUUUUCACAUGGUUGGUCUAAAUUAUCAUAGAGCGUCAGGCAAAAGUUUAAAUGUAUACUUUGAUGUGCACACACCUCAAAAUAGGUUAUUUUAUUGGAGGGCAGUAUAUAUAUCAUGUUUCCAGCCAGUGAAAUCCUUUACGUAGUAGUACUGUUCUUGAAAAUUCUCUUAGGCCGUGUUUAGUUCCCGAAGGGAAAAUUUUCACGACAC